AUGGCUUCGCACUCCGCCAAAGCACAGCGGGUGCUUGUCCUGAGCCGACAUGUGCUCCAACAAUCUGCCGAUGCCCGGCUGAAUAUGGUCACUGUCGCAGAGUCAUCUUCUGAUCUGCAACGUGUUCGUCGUCAAGGGCAUUCUGUCCCCGAUGCAUUGAAGCAGGGCGGUAGCUCAGCCGUGGUGUAUUUUGAGAAUCACGCUAAGAGGUUAUCCCAUGCAGAGAAGGUGCGGACGAUGUUGCAUACCAUCAACAGUGGAACUCUGUCGACGAUUCAUCACGAAUCUGGUUGGCCAUAUGGAAGCAUUGUCAACUUUGCUGUAGAGCAGCGCCCAAUCUCUGAUGGAGGAGCCCGCAUUGUGACCUUUGUUUCAAGGUUGGCAGAACAUACUGCAAAUUUAUUGAGAAAACCCGAGGCCUGCAUUUUAAUAGCGGAAGUGCAAGGCAAAGGCGACCGUCUGGCAGUGGCACGGGCAGCGCUCUUGGUGGAAGCUUUGCAAGUUGACAAGACGGAUCUGGCCAAGACAUCAUUUUUGUUGGCCCAUCCCAAUGCAUCUUAUGUCCAUUUUGAUGACUUCCUUUGUUUCGAAUUGGCUGUGAAAUCGAUCCGCUAUAUAGGCGGAUUUGGCGAGAUGUCAUGGGUCGCUGGCAAGGACUUUGCAUCAUCAGAAUUUGACCCUGUUGCCGCCGAUGUCGAUGCUGCUAAAGCGGCAGUAGACCACUGUAACGAAGAUCAUGCUGAUGCGGUCUUGGACAUGGCAAGAGCUUUUGCUGGACUUCCUUUGGCUGGCAAAGCCACGAUGUUGUCAGUGGAUCGAUAUGGAUUCGAUGUGUUGUGUCAGAUGCCGGAUGGGUUGAGGCGCAGUCGCGUUGAAUUUCCACAGCGCCUGGACAAGUCGGCGGACCUUAGAGAGGCCUGA